GCAGGACGGGGUUGUGGCAGCCGCUGAGGGUAGGGAGUCGCUCGGCUGCCUGGAGCCCUGUGGGCAGGGGGGGAGCGUAGCCAAUGUUAGUUAGGAAAGAGAAAGAAGGGAAAAUAAAGUCAGUUAUUUACCUUCUGCUAAUGGCUGUGUUGUGCCUAGGUGUACAGGGUCCCUCUAAAACACCUAGGGCCGAUCAUCGGAAAACCAGCAGCAGAUUUUUCAUAUUUGGCACAGAAAUCCUGGAGGGUGUCCUGACUCAUAGUCUAUUCAGAUCUUGUGCCAUAAUGACUGGGUUAUGUCAACUUAUCCUUUUCCUGUGGAAAUCUAGGAAAUGACAGAAAUCAUUUACAGAAUCACUGGGACUGAAAUCCCUUGAUACUGUGUGGAACUACAAGUCUAAGAAAAGGCCUGCAUCUCGGCUGUGGAGAAACUUUCUGAAGUGGUCCACCACCUUAAAGAGAACUGAUCUUCCUCCCCACCUGUACAAACCAGUGUCUCAGCUAUCAGGGGUCUAUCAGGUCCCUCGUCUAUCCUUCUGUGCAACAAAGAUGACAGAGGGGUACACAGGCUGGGUGAUGUUGUGGUUAUACCUAUGUGACCAUGGAGAUGACAUUAAAAAGGGAUGGAAAACUUACCAGGACACCACAGGCAUGGAGAUCACAACAAAAGCAGAUCAAAUCUGUGGGACAUGGCACAAGGAAAUAAUUAUGGGCAAAGCAGCAACGGGGUGGCUGAUGAAUCCCCAAACAUGCUGGUGUACAGAAAGAUGGAAGAUGUCAUAGCCCGCAUGCAAGAUGAGAAAAAUGGGAUUCCUAUUCGUACAGUCAAAAGUUUUCUUUCCAAGAUCCCCAGUGUCUUUUCUGGUUCAGACAUUGUUCAGUGGUUGACGAAGAACUUAUCUAUAGAAGAUCCAGUGGAAGCUCUACAUUUGGGAACACUGAUGGCUGCACAUGGCUAUUUUUUUCCAAUCUCAGACCAUGUUCUAACACUAAAGGAUGAUGGCACCUUUUAUCGAUUCCAGACACCCUAUUUUUGGCCAUCAAAUUGUUGGGAGCCGGAAAACACAGACUAUGCGGUUUAUCUCUGCAAGCGGACAAUGCAAAACAAAGCAAGGCUAGAGCUAGCAGACUAUGAAGCUGAGAGUUUGGCCAGGCUACAGCGAGCAUUUGCUCGAAAGUGGGAGUUUAUUUUUAUGCAAGCUGAAGCACAAGCAAAAGUAGACAAGAAGAGAGACAAGAUAGAGCGGAAGAUUCUUGACAGCCAAGAGCGAGCAUUCUGGGACGUGCACCGGCCGGUGCCUGGAUGCGUAAACACUACUGAAGUGGAUAUAAAAAAGUCUUCAAGAAUGAGAAAUCCACAUAAAACAAGAAAGUCUGUCUAUGGCUUACAAAAUGACAUCCGAAGUCACAGCCCUACUCACAUGCCAGUACCAGAGACUAAGCCACCCACAGAAGAUGAACUACACCAAGAGAUUAAGCACUGGCAAAUGCAAUUAGACAGACAUCGAUUAAAAAUGUCCAAAGUUGCAGAGAGUCUAUUAGCUUAUACAGAGCAGUAUUUGGAGUAUGAUCCUUUUCUUGUGCCCCCUGAUCCCUCAAACCCUUGGAUAUCAGAUGAUACCACUUUCUGGGAACUGGAGGCAAGCAAAGAGCCUGGACAGCAGAGGGUGAAGCGAUGGGGUUUUGGCAUGGAUGAAGCUUUGAAAGACCCUGUGGGAAGAGAGCAGUUUCUCAAGUUCCUGGAGUCAGAAUUCAGUUCAGAAAAUUUAAGGUUCUGGUUAGCGGUAGAAGACCUGAAGAAGAGGCCUAUCCGUGAAGUUCCUGCUCGUGUCCAAGAAAUCUGGCAAGAAUUUCUUGCUCCAGGUGCACCCAGCGCCAUCAAUCUAGAUUCAAAAAGUUAUGACAAAACCACGCAGAAUGUAAAGGACCCUGGAAGAUACACAUUUGAAGAUGCUCAGGAGCACAUUUACAAACUGAUGAAAAGUGAUUCUUAUCCUCGUUUUAUACGAUCCAGUGCCUACCAGGAGCUGCUACAGGCCAAGAAAAAGGCUGGAACCCCACAUUCAUUUUUCCGAGGAGCCAGGAGCCACCUUGAACCGGGGAACUUCUGUAGCGCUUUGAGAGUAACGAUUCAUAAAGACUUUACAGCUCUGAACUACAGCACGCACAAAGAACACUUUUUUUCUAGUGACUACAAAAUGCUUCAAUAAGCUCUGCUCAAGUGAAACCUCUAUUAGCACUGAGCAGUAGUGAAGCUUUUUAUGUUAGCCACUAAGGAUUUGACUAGUAGAUAAUUGUGAUUAUACGUUCUUCUCAGAACAACCUGCACUAUAUCAGAA